UCCGCCGGCCACCACCUCCCGGCUGCGGACGCCUGCGAGCAGGUUGUUGUUUUUAAGAGAGGCGUCACUGUGCUCGGAGCUGUGACCGCCGCCACCGCGACAGUCAGCGCAGUCGGGCAGAGGUGGCACUGCUCGUUCAGACCUGAAAAAUGUCUGAAAAUUCCAGUGACAGUGAUUCAUCUUGUGGUUGGACUGUCAUCAAUCAUGAGGGGUCUGAUAUAGAGAUGGUGAAUUCUGAACGUGGCACAGCCAGUGACAGCUGUGAGCUUGCUCCAGAAUGCACAUCUUUAGAGCAAGAGGAGCUACAAGUAUUGCAAUCAGAGGAAGGAGAGAGUAGCCAAAAUGGCACAGUGUUAAUGGGAGAAACUGCUUAUCCAGCUUUGGAGGAAACGAAGUCGGCACUUGAGAGAGAAGAAAAGUCGUCAGAAGACCAUGUCUAUUUUGGAACUGUCAGUGAUGAUUCUGAUAUUGUUACCCUUGAGCCACCUAAGUUAGAAGAAAUGGGAAAUCAGGAAGCUAUAAUUGUUGAAGAAGCACAGAGUCCAGAAGACUUUAACAUGGGCUCUUCUUCUAGCAGCCAGUAUACAUUCUGUCAGCCAGAAACUGAAAGGUGGUGGGAGAAGCUGUGGAAGAUUCCUGAAUGCAUAAGGGGAUGGGAUGAUCAGCUGAAACACCAUGUUCCUAGCCAACUCGCUUUCCAAGUAUUUUCAUCCCAGCCUAGCGACGACGAAUCAAGUAGCGAUGAGACCAGUCAUCAGCCUAGUCCUGCCUUUAGACGACGCCGUGUUAGGAAGAAGACUGUUUCUAGUUCUGACUCUGAAGAACGGCUACUCCCCGAACAAGAAACCGAACCCUCUAAGGAGUUGCAUAAACGCCAGUUCAGCAGUGGUCUCAAUAAAUGUGUUAUACUUGCUCUGGUGAUUGCAAUCAGCAUGGGAUUUGGACAUUUCUAUGGCACAAUUCAGAUUCAGAAGCGUCAACAGUUAGUCAGAAAGAUACAUGAAGAUGAAUUGAAUGAUAUGAAGGAUUAUCUUUCCCAAUGUCAACAGGAACAAGAAUCUUUUAUAGAUUAUAAGUCAUUGAAGGAAAACCUUGCAAGAUGUUGGGCCCUUACUGAAGAAGAGAAGGUGGCCUUUGAAACUCAGAAAAAGAACCUUGAUACAGAAAAUCAGUAUUUAAGAAUAUCUCUGGAGAAGGAAGAAGAAGCCUUAUCUUCAUUACAGGAAGAGUUAAGGAAACUAAGAGAACAGAUUAGGCUAUUGGAAGAUAAAGGGACGGGUACUGAAUUAGUUACAGAAAAUCAGAAACUUAAGCAGCAUCUGGAAGAAGAAAAGCUGAAGACACACAGCUUCCUUAAUCAAAGGGAGACUCUUUUGGCAGAAGCAAAGAUGCUAAGGAAGGAACUGGAGAGAGAACGACUGAUAACCAUGGCUUUAAAGGUGGAACUCCAGCAGUUAAGCUCUAGUGAAUCAUAUGGCAACCCAGACUCUCCGAAUGUAUUGACUGAAAAAAAGGAAAUAGAAAUCUUACGGGAAAGACUCACUGAGCUGGAGCAGAAGCUAAACUUUGAACAGCAGCGUUCUGAUUUGUGGGAAAGGCUGUAUAUUGAGGCAAAAGAUCAAAAUGUAAAACAAGAAACUGAUGGAAAAAAGAAAGGGAGCAGAGGAAACCACAGGGCUAAAAAUAAGUCAAAGGAAACAUUUUUGGGUUCAGUUAAGGAAACAUUUGAUGCCAUGAAGAAUUCUACCAAGGAGUUUGUGAGACAUCAUAAAGAAAAAAUUAAACAAGCUAAAGAAGCUGUGAAAGAAAAUCUGAAAAAGUUUUCAGAUUCAGUUAAAUCCACUUUCAGGCAUUUCAAAGAUACCACCAAGAAUAUCUUUGAUGAAAAGGGCAAUAAAAGAUUUGGUGCAACAAAAGAAGAAGCAGCUAAAAAACCGACAGUCUUUAGUGAAUAUUUACACCCACAGUAUAAGUCACGUACACAAAACCAGAAUAAUAGAGGCCCUACUAUGCAAAGAGAGGGAAGGAAAGAAAAGCCAAUUCACUUUGAAGAAUUUAGAAAAAAUACAAAAUCACAGAAAUGCAGUUCUGAGCAUGACUGUAGUGCAAAUUUUGAUUCUUUCAGAAAGUCUUGUUCUGGUGUAUUUGAAUGUGCUCAACAGGAAUCCAUUAACCUUUUUAAUAUGAAAGUGUUGAAUCCUGUAAGGAUAGAUGAAUUUAGACAGUUAAUUGAAAGGUAUUUAUUAGAAAAACUGGAUAGUUUUCAUCACUGGAAAGAACUUGAUCAGUUCAUCAAUAAGUUUUUCCUAAAUGGUGUCUUUAUACAUGAUCAGAAGCUCUUCACAGACUUUGUUAAUGAUGUUAAAGAUUAUCUUAAAGACAUGAAGGAAUAUCAAGUAGAUAAUGAUGGAGUGUUUGAGAAGUUGGAUGGAUAUAUAUAUAGACACUUCUUUGGUCACACUCUUUCCCCUCCAUAUGGACCCAGUCGACCAGAUAAAAAGCAACGUAUGGUAAAUAUUGAAAACUCCAGGCAUCGAAAACAAGAGCAGAAGCACCCUCAGCCACAACCUUAUAAAAGGGAAGGUAAAUGGCAUAAAUAUGGUCGCACUAAUGGAAGACACAUGACAAAUCUUGAAAUAGAAUUGGGGCAGUUACCUUUUGACCCUAAAUAUUGAUUGUCAUGAUUCAGUUAAAUUAGAAAAUGGUUAACAGAAACAUGGAUGGUAUCUACAAUGUUUGGUAUUGAAACUAAAAUGAAAUUAUCAAGAUAAUGUCUUUCUAUCAUUUCUAAGUAUCAGUUUGAUGACUUUACAUUAUUACUCAGAAGCAUCAAGCAGAAGCUUACUAACUUGCAUUUUCCUGUAGUUUAGUUUUGCUGAAAUUUUUUUGGCACUGGAAAUGUUCAACUGUAGUUUCAAGGAAGCCAGGCAUGCAACAGAUUUUGUGCAUGAAAUGAGUCUUCCUUUCAGUGUAUGAGCUUAAAGCAAGCUCAAAUCCUAUGACAAAGUGUAAUUAACACUGAUAUUUGUGUUAAAUUUGCAGUAGAGCUUGAAAAAGUACCUUGUGAUGGAAUUUCAUCUUUAACACUUUAUAAUUUUACACUUGCUUCUUGUCUUUUUGUGGGUUCAAGAGCCCGUUGACUUGUGAAGAAUUUGCUGCCUUCUUAUGAGCUUGCUGACUUGUUCUCUUGUGAAAUUUCUUGCACAUCUGAAUAUUGUGGAAGAAACAAUAAAACUACACCAUGAGGAAAACUAAAGGUCUUUAUUUAAAAUCUGGCAUUUGUAUUAAUAUAUGAUUUUAUACUUUGUGAUAUUUUUCAUACAUUUCCUCAGUAGUGAUAUUUGGUAAAUCAGUUCAGUGGUGUUUUGCUAGUUCAUAAAUUUUACCCAGUAUUUACAGGAGUAUUUAUGCAGCAUCUGAAUAUGUCUACCCAGCAAUGUCUGUUUCUCUAGAAAAGAUUUAAACACAGUUGAGAAUUUCAGCUUCUGUUGAGUUUCCUUUUUAAUUUCCGUUCAUAGACAUAUAUGUGACUUCCAGUUCGACCUUCUGGCAAGUGAGUGUGGAAGAACACAGCAGUUCUCUCGUAGCUGCUUGAAAUUAGGAAAGCACUUAUUUCCUAGAAGUAAAUAAACGUUUAAGUAAAUAAAGGCUACAUUUUGCUGA